ACUUCUUAUGAAAUAGUAUAAGCUAUUUUGGUCACUUUCAUACUAGUUUGUUCUCAAGAACCUAAAAAGAAUGUUGUACAACUGAAUUAACAGAGAGCAACCAAAGAGAGAAGAAAAAUUGUGAAAAGAGCAAACCAUGAAAAAUCAUCUCUUUUUCUUGUUAUUUUUCAUUGGUUUUUUCUUUGUUUCAUCAAAUGGGGAUGAAAUUUCUACAUUGUUAGCACUAAAGUCCAGUCUUGUUGAUCCAAUGGAUCACCUCAAAGACUGGAAUUUGCCAAACAAUGGAAACUCAAGUUCAAGUUCUGUUCAUUGUAAAUGGACUGGUGUCUUGUGCAACUCCAAAGGUUUUGUAGAUAAUCUUGAUUUGUCAAACAAGAAUCUCAGUGGCAGAGUUUCUGAUCAAAUUCAAGGGCUAAAGAGUUUAUCUUCACUAAAUCUUUGUUGCAAUGAUUUCUCCACUGCAUUGCCAAAGUCAUUGGCCAAUCUGACUUCUUUAAAGAGCAUUGAUGUUAGCCAAAAUAACUUUGUUGGCGAGUUCCCAUCAGGUCUUGGAAUGGCUUCUGGUUUGAAAUAUCUCAAUGCUUCUAGCAAUAACUUUGAGGGGUUUCUCCCUGAGGAUCUUGGCAAUGCUAUAUUGAUCGAAAUCAUGGAUUUUCGAGGGAGUUUUUUCGAAGGUUCAAUCCCUGUAUCAUUCAAGAAUCUUCAGAGUUUGAAGUGUCUUGGACUAUCAGGGAAUAAUCUUACCGGAGAGAUCCCUCGGGAGCUCGGUGAAUUGAAAGCUGUAGAGACUAUAAUUCUUGGAUACAAUCAGUUUGAAGGUUCAAUUCCAGCUGAGUUUGGUAAUCUAAGUAGCCUUCAGUAUCUUGACUUGGCUGUUGGCAGUUUAAGCGGUCAAAUACCAGCUGAAUUAGGCAAGUUGAAGAAUCUGACCACUGUGUAUUUGUAUCAGAACAGUUUUGAAGGGAAGAUUCCAGCUGAAGUUGGAAAUAUUACAUCUUUAGUUUACUUGGAUCUUUCUGAUAACAACAUUUCAGGGGAGAUUCCGAAUGAGUUAGCAGGUUUGAAGAAUUUGCAGCUGCUCAAUCUCAUGUGUAAUAACUUAAGUGGUCCUAUUCCAACAAAGCUUGGUGAGUUAGAAAAUCUUGAGAUACUUGAACUAUGGCAAAAUUCUUUAAAUGGUUCUUUGCCUAUGAAUCUUGGGAAAAAAUCUCCCUUGCAAUGGUUAGAUGUUUCUUCUAAUUUCUUGACAGGUGAGAUCCCUCUUGGUUUGUGUGAUUCUGGCAAUCUAACAAAGCUCAUUCUCUUUAACAAUUCUUUCUCUGGACCAAUCCCAUUAGGCCUCUCUAAUUGUUCUUCACUCGUCCGAGUUAGAAUCCAAAAUAAUCUUCUUUCAGGUGUAAUCCCAAUUGGAUUUGGAACUCUUCCUAAGCUUCAAAGAUUGGAAUUGGCUAAUAACAAUCUCACUGGUGAAAUUCCUGAGGAUUUCACUUUGUCUUCUACACUUUCUUUUAUCGAUGUCUCCUCGAACCACCUUGAAUCAUCUUUGCCAUCUAGUAUUUUGUCUAUUCCUAGCCUGCAAACGUUUGCAGUCUCGAAUAACAAUCUUAAAGGCAACAUUCCUGACCAAUUCCAAGAUUGUCCAUCCCUUUCGUCGCUUGAUCUUUCGAGCAACCAUUUCACGGGGAAAGUUCCUCAAAGUAUUGCUUCAUGUGAAAGGCUUGUGAAUCUUAAUCUUAGCAACAAUCAAUUCAGUGGUGAAAUCCCAACUCACAUUGCCACAUUGCCAACUUUAUCUAUUCUUGAUUUAUCGAACAACUCCCUAGUUGGAAAAAUACCAAUGGACUUUGGUAGCUCCCCAGCUCUAGAAAUGCUUAAUCUGUCCUACAAUAAACUUGAGGGUCCAGUUCCAAGCAAUGGGAUAUUAAUGACCAUUAAUCCCAAUGAUCUAAUAGGCAAUGCUGGACUUUGUGGUGGCAUCCUUCCACCAUGUUCUCAAAAUCUCAUCACCACUUCAAACGUGAGGAAGACUCGUGUAAAUCACAUAAUCGUGGGAUUUAUUGUUGGGAUCUCGGUUAUCAUAGCUGUUGGGAUCAUGGUUCUAGCAGGGAGAUCAAUGUAUAACAGAUGGUACUUGUGCAACAGCUUCUUCAAAGAUUUUCGGUUCAACAAGAACAAUUCAGAAUGGCCUUGGAGGCUUGUAGCAUUCCAGAGGCUUAACUUCACAAGUAUUGAUAUUCUUGCUUGCCUAAAGGAGUCAAAUGUGAUAGGCAUUGGUGGCAAUGGAAUUGUCUACAAGGCUGAGAUUCAGAGGCCACAUUCUGUUGUAGCAGUUAAAAAGUUAUGGAGAACAAAUGGGGACAUUGAAGCAGGAGAAGAACUCUUUGCAGAGGUAGAUCUUUUAGGGAAGCUUCGUCACAGGAACAUCGUUAGGCUAUUAGGCUAUCUUCACAAUGAGACUGAUGUCAUGAUGUUAUCUGAAUACAUGCCUAAUGGAAAUCUUGGAGCUGCUUUACAUGGGAAACAAGCUGCAAAAAUGCUCGUGGAUUGGUUGUCGAGAUACAACAUUGCUCUUGGUGUUGCUCAUGGCCUCGCUUACCUUCACCAUGAUUGCCAUCCACCAGUCAUACAUCGGGAUGUCAAGUCAAGCAACAUUCUUCUUGAUUCAGAUUUUGAGGCAAGAAUUGCAGAUUUUGGCUUGGCAAGAAUGAUGCUUCAUAAGAAUGAGACUGUCUCUAUGGUAGCAGGAUCAUAUGGCUAUAUAGCACCAGAAUAUGGAUACACAUUGAAGGUUGACGAGAAAAGCGACAUAUACAGUUACGGGGUAGUGCUUUUGGAGCUUCUGACUGGGAAAAUGCCAUUAGACUCUUCUUUCGGCGAGUCCAUUGACAUUGUAGAAUGGGUUAGAAGGAAAGUGAACAACAAGGCAUCAGAGGAAACAUUAGAUCAUGAUGUAGCUGGACAAUGUAAACAUAUUCAAGAAGAGAUGCUUCUUGUCCUAAAGAUUGCACUUCUUUGCACAGCAAAGCUUCCUAAAGAAAGGCCAUCAAUGAGAGACAUUAUAACUAUGCUUGGAGAGGCAAAACCAAGAAGGAAAAGCAUUUGCCAAAAUUGGGGUUAUACUAGUAGUGCUAACAAAGAUAAGUUAAUCUUUGCACAUUCACCAGUUGUAGGCCUUCUAUAAGUACCAAAAACCUUUUUUCUUAUCUCUUUUCCUCUUCAAUAUCUAGUAUAUCUUCAUGUUCAAGAGUCAAAAUGUAAAGAGUUUCUUUGAUUCCUUUUCUUCUUUCCAUUUUCUGUAAUCGAUAUAAGAGAAGAGGAAAUUGUAUGAAUCCAACCCAAUAUUUUCUCUAGCCUAAUGAUUUCUCAUUUGCCAAUAA